CAUAAUACGAAUGAUUAUCCGGUGAAGUAAUUCGCGAAUAUGCUGACUUCGAUUGUCCGAUACUACAACGAUAUUAUGACCUCAUGCAGUAUCGUAAAGUUCGUCAAAAUCAUCGUUACUCGGAUCUGUCGUGCAAAUUAAUUAAGGAUAAAUUAUUCGCCACGAGUCGCCAUGCGUUCGCGAUUAUAUGCGAUACUCUCGAUAUUAAUCCUGCCUGAAAUACACGCGAUUUAUCCGUUCAAUGAAGACACUUUACCGCCAAGAAUCUCGAGAAAGCUGGAUGAUUAUUGGCAAACCUACAAGACGCAGUUUAAUAAAACGUACACGGGAAAUCUGGAAAACACGAGGCGAACGGCUUGGGAACAAAACCUCGUGGAGAUUUAUAAACACAACCUAAUGGCCGCCGCGGGACAUCAUAGUUACACCCUACGGGAUAAUCAUAUUGCCGAUCUCAACACUCGACAGUACAUACGCAAUAUGAUGAAACUGAUACCGAGUCAAAGGCGCCGAUUGCCAACCGAACCGAUGGUAUCGGCGGUUCUGCAGAACCCUCACAGCAUACCAAGGCGUCUAGAUUGGCGCGAAUACGGUUUCAUCACCUCGCCGGUGAACCAACGGGACUGCGGGAGUUGUUACGCUUAUUCGAUCGUGGAGAGUAUACAGGGACAGAUUUUUAAGCAAACCGGCAUGCUGCUCCCCUUGAGUGCACAACAGUUGAUAGAUUGCAGCACGGCGACCGGGAACCGUGGCUGCGUCGGAGGUUCCCUCAGGAACACUUUGAAAUAUCUGGAAAAGUCGAAGGGUCUCAUGGCCGGAUACCUGUAUCCGUACAACGCCGAGCAAGGAAUGUGCAGAUUUCAAAAGGACCUUAGCGUCGUCAAUAUAACGUCAUGGGCAAUUUUGCCUGCCCGGGAUGAAAAAGCUUUGGAAGCAGCAGUAGCGACCAUUGGUCCCGUAGCCGCCUCUAUAAACGCUAGCCCAAAGACAUUUCAGCUUUAUCAUAAAGGCGUCUAUGACGACUACUUGUGCAGUUCGGACGCAGUGAACCACGCGAUGUUAAUCGUCGGAUACACGCCAACAGAGUGGAUUCUGAAGAACUGGUGGGGCGACAAUUGGGGCGAAAAUGGCUAUAUGCGAUUGGCAAAAAACAAAAACCGCUGUGGCAUUGCAAACUAUGCGGCUUAUGUGAAAGUUUAAGAUUCAUUCCUCUUUAAUUCGGUCGCGAAAAAACCUCUCUUUUUUAUUUGCAUAUCUUAGAAAAAUAUACACAUAUAUUUAUAUUAAUUAUAUUUUUAUAUCUGAACAAAGAGCAUUUUAUCUUGAUUUUACGCGGCGCUCUCUUUUCCGAUAAUAUU